UUCUCACCAACGUUACUAUCACGCAUCCACUUGCAAUGCGGUCAAUUAGCUGACUUUUCGUAAUUUUCCAUACUUUAGCUCAUUUUCUGAACUAACUGUGGUGAGACACAUCAGUUUGCAAAAUGGCAGGACGUGGUCGCGGAAAAUCUACCGGUUCCCUAACCCAGGAGCAGCUGCAAUCCAUGGGUGUAACGAGAAAUGAAAUGCAAACAGUUUCUUCGGCUGCACCGCCUCCCCUCUAUCCAAUACUGCAGUCAAAACCGGUUCCGCUAGAGGCGAAUGCUGAUCGCGACUAUAAGAUCCUUUGGAAGGAGGACUUCAUUUCCUUCCUCCGGGAAUCACCGUACUACACAAUGGUAAAGAGUUGUAAGGGUCCCGUGCAACGGUACUCGGAUAAGGUCAUUAACGUGAUCGAAAACGACCCGAAACGAAAGCAGGAUGGAGAUUUCAUUUGGAGCAUGAUGCCAGCGGAGUUGAAACCGACCUUCAAGCGGACCAAGGUUAGUAGUGGAACGGCUAAUGGAAGAUCGAAGGGUGCCAAGAAGGCUAAGGUGGUAGACAUCGAUGCCAAGCUGAGCGAGCUGGAGAAGAAGGAAUCGUUUCAGGACGAUACGGACGUCAAGAAGGAGAAGCACAAUGAUUCCGACGAGGAGAAAGAUGAUGACGAGCAGGAAGAGGAAAUGGCCGACGAGGAGAUGGACGAUGAAAACGAUUAUGGCAACAACUAUUUUGAUAACGGGGAGGGGUACAAUGAAGAGGAUGACAAUUUGGACGAUGGUCCAGUCUAUUAAACGAAUUUGUUGCAUCAAUACUUUUCUUUAUUUAGCAGUUUAUAACUUCUAUACAUAGUGUUCAUCUAAUGGAUACCGUUAGUAAGCGAUGUAAUUGA